UCAUACUUUUUGUUCAUGAUUUAAAAUUUUAUUUUAUAAAAUUUUGGUGAAGAAAAUUUAGAAAAUGUUUAUGUAAUAAUUCAAAAAUUUUGAGUGUUAUAUAUAUAUAUAUAUUAUUAAAAAUAUAUCAUGUAAAAUAUAUUUUUGAAUUCGCCUCGGACCUCCGAAAACCUUCGCACGGCACUGGGUUUCUGGGUCCAUGAGAUCCAUGUUUUAAGUUUUGAUCCCAUCAAUGAAGUUAUAUCAAGACUAAAUGAUCAGUAAUACAAACUUUUACAUAAAUUUCUGCUACUUGAUUAAUUUAGGCUUGAAUUUCAAUCUACAUGAUAGUUUAGUAAUAUACAAUCUGGUUAUUCAUAACGUUACUCGAAUGAAACAAUAUGAUAUUCAAACUAGUAUUAUGUAACGGUAGUUUUUUCGUGACUGGAUCAGCCGAUAAAGAAAAUAAAGAAAUCUCUUACAUAAGACGACAUUACGAAUGCACAAAUCCAGCAUAGAAGGUGAUAUUCUUUUGUACGUCAAACGAAGAUGUUUCUCUUCUUGAAAUAUGUUUAGACCAGACCUUAUAGCUAAAUGGUCAAAAUAAUCUUUAGCAUUAAAAUUGUAAUUACAUUUUUUGUUGACUCAAUUACUACCUUUUGUCAGAAAUUAACCAAACAGGACUAAAUAAAUCUAAAAUAAACGAAUUAUUAACACACUAAAGCUAGAUUAAAUUCAUACUAGCGUUUUCACAAACAUUCAACUAUGUUUACCCCAAAUUCAACAACACCCAGUGGUAACGUCGACAUAAAUUUUUAUCUCACAUUUUCUUUACUUGAUUUUCAUUUUAUUUACAUUUUCAUCAAAAUUAUACAUCUUACAAUCUUUCAAAGGGAAAAAUAAGCAUGAACUAUACUGUACUUAGUAAUAUAUCACUAAAACUACAUUAGUAGAUUUUCUUUCCUUGCUGCAAUCUAUGUCUAAACUUUGAAAUUAAUUUACUCAAUUAUUUUUUUCCUUCCAUCUUUUAAGACAUGGUUGAAUUUAAUAACACAAUGCUACAACAAACUCUAAACGUUAAUUAAAUUUAAUAACACUAAUGCUACAACAAACUCUAAACGUUAUAUUUUUACUAACAAAUUAAUGGGCAUAGUAAGAACACACAUUAAAUGUCUUUCAUUCUUCCCCUACCUUACAAAUACGAGAAAGAACAAAGCAACACACAAGAAAAGCAAAAAUACUUCACUUUUUUUUACUAAUUAAUUAGUUUUUUCUCCUCUUUCCGAAAAAUAUGGAGAAUUACGUCGACGAGAGUGGUUUUGCACCUCUAAACCUAACUAAAUUCACACGUGAUGAAGAACAUAUGAAAGAAGAAGAUUUUCCAUUCGAAGUCGUUGACCAAUCAAAGCCCACAAGUUUUCUUCAAGAUUUUCACCAUCUUGAUCAUGAUCAUCAGUUUGAUCAUCACUGUCAUCAUCAUCAUGGCUCUACGUCUUCAAAUCCUUCUUUGCUAGGUGCCCCAAGGACGUUGUCUUGUAUCAAUAAGGUUCCCUUGCAACAUUGCUCUUACCAAGAAAACUUGGUCGACUUUUAUGAAUCUAAGCCACAUUUGAUGAAUCAUCAUUUCCAAGCUUCAGACAAUCAGUACUUCACUCGUGAUCAUCAUCACCAAGAGAUCAGUUUGGUCGAUGAACAUAAUCCUGUUGACUUGGAACAAAACAACAUGAUGAUGAUGAGGAUGCUCCCUUUUGAAUACCCUCCUACGGCAAUAAUCAAGCCUACGAACUUCAUGAUGCCAGAUGAAGUUUCAUGUGUUUCUGCAGAUAAUAAUUGUUAUAAAGCGAUGAGUUUCAACAAGACCAAACCUUUUCUGACAAGAAACUUGUCUUCAUCAUCGUCUUCAUCAUCAUGGAAAGGAAAGAAUAAUACAACCUUAGUCAAAGGACAAUGGACUGCUGAAGAAGACAAGAUAUUAGUUCAGCUUGUGGAAAAAUACGGAUUGAGGAAAUGGUCACACAUCGCCCAAGUGUUACCAGGAAGGAUUGGGAAGCAAUGUAGAGAGAGAUGGCAUAACCAUUUGAGACCUGACAUUAAGAAAGAAACAUGGAGUGAAGACGAAGACAGAGUGUUGAUAGAAUUUCAUAAAGAGAUUGGAAACAAAUGGGCUGAGAUUGCAAAAAGACUCCCUGGAAGAACAGAAAACUCGAUCAAGAACCAUUGGAACGCAACAAAACGAAGACAAUUCUCCAAGAGAAAGUGUAGGUCUAAGUAUCCAAGACCUUCUCUAUUGCAGGAUUACAUUAAGAGCUUGGAUUUGGGAGUUUUGUCGUCUUCUUCUGUUCCUGCAAGAGGUAGACGCAAAGAAAGUAACAAGAAGAAGGAUAUUGUGGCGGUUGAGGAGAAGAAGAAGAAGGAAGAGAAGUUUUAUGGACAAGACAGGGUUGUGCCUGAAUGUGUGUUUGCUGAUGGCUUCGGAUUUAAUGAGAACCUGCUUGAGGAAGGAUGUAGCAUUGACUCGUUGCUUGAUGAUUUUCCUCAGGCUGACAUCGAUGCUUUUGUUCAUGGAAUAUGAUUUGUAUUGCUCUUUUCUUUAGUUUUUUUUUUUGGUUUCGUUUUUUUGGUAUGAGAGAGAUUCCACCACAAAAAUAAUUCCACUCAAUAAAACAACAUAACUAUAUUUUAUGUUUACAACUUUACAUGUUACAACAGUGUGUGUUUCUUUCAAAUGAAACCAAAUGAUUUCAUAUUUUAAUCAUUUUCUUGUAAAUGUUUGUUUGCAUUAAUAAUUUGCAUUUUUUUGAUGAGAAAUAAAAAAAAUGUAUUUAUAUGUAUUUAAGAAGGUGAAGAUUAGUUUAACAUGCUGUAGUAACAGAGACCCCAAAACCUAACUUGUACAACAAGAAUAUUACAAAACCUAACAUACAUAAAGUCAUCUCUUAGCAAUCGAUCAAAAGGCAGUUCUGGGGAAAGGAGGUCGUAUCAGUCCUAGAUAGGAAAGGAUUGAUUCGAACCAAAACAAGAAAAAACACAGAAGCAAGCAAUGAUAGACCAGUGAAUAACAAUGGUGGGUGUUCUGUUCUGUCUUCUCAUAAGAUCUUUAAGGAAAGGAUAAAGACAAAGAACAACCCAAAACGCAAAGAAAACUCUCCCAGUCAAAUCCGUUUUUUGCAAAUCUUAUUAAGACAUAAAAAGAAAACUAUUGCUUCACUGAGGGCUUUGCUAUUGUUGACGAAGUGAUAACAACCAAGAUUAAGAAUGAAUAGAGCAUUUCUUAAAAACGCAGACAUUAUGUGUUGAAUUUGAAGCUUUUCCCAAUGUGUUCUCUGCUCCAGCCUUCUUGUGAUACUCAUAUCAAGGUCUCUUCUCUAUGAAGACGUAAACUAAUCUUCGAAGUUCGUUUCCUUCUGUGUCACGAGCUUUGCAAUUUCUUCUGGAAUAUAUGUCUCAAACACAAUGAGAAUAAAUUGAAAUCAAAACAUCUCAAUUUCCUCUGGUAAAGGCUCAUAUGAGUUUUGUGGUUGAAGAAUUACAGAACUAAUAAAAGAAUUUGGUACUAGACAUUUUUGUGAAAAUGCCUCUCAUUUGUUCAAAAUGACAUGAAAAAAGUGGACGAUACAAGAAACAAAUCAAGGUAAAACUAGACAGCUGUUUCUUUCCUUUGGUGUGGUUGGUUGAUUUGUAAUAAACUUGGAAGAUAAGAAGAAGACACAAGUGGAGGAUGAGAACUUCCAGACCUUGUGGGUUCUUUUCCGAUGUUCACUGAUGUGAAGUAUCCUUCUUCUCCAACAAUGAAAGCUGUUGUUGCGUAGUGCCUGGAUGAGUCAUUUAAGCCUAUAUCGAAAACCACAGCGACUUUCUUCUCCUCGUCAAUGAAGAAGCUCCCAUGAUUCCUGUGAACCAAAGGGUGUCUCGGUUGUUUUAUUGUCAAAUCCACCUUCAAAAACUUGCUCCAGGACACCACAUUAGACUCAAUCUUAUUUGUAACCCAAAAAUCCAAUAUGUUAGAUUGCGACUUCUCAUAAAGCACGGCGAGUUGCUCCUCCCUAACACAAGAUAAAACCACAGCCUCGUGGCGGUUAUCAGUGAUUGUAAACGGGAGAGUCAGAUGCGGUCCAAAUCUCUCUUUUGUAUAAUCGAAACAUAGCAUAAAAACGCCAAGCCCUAUUAUGCCCGCAUCAUUUCCCACUUCAUGAGGUGCAGUUCCUCUAGCAAAAAAGUAAGUAUCUCCCUUCAGAGUCACCCCGCGUUGAUAAUAAUCAAUUUCACAGUCGGGAAUGAGGUCAAGAACACUCCAUGAUUCAGACAUAGAAUUGUAGAUUUCAGACCCACUGAGUCGGCCAUGGUUAUAAUAAUCAUAACAACAGUGUAGCCUCAAGAUUUUAUAGUUAGGGACUUUACUAUUGUUAUUGCAUCCGAGAGCAUACAUGUCUGACUUGUGGAGCUGCUUUCUUGUUUCGAUCCACUUUGUUUGCCCUAAAUAAGGGUUCCACACCAAAAGCUUCGAGUUCUCUUUAGUGACACAUAAGACUAAACCAUCACAGUGAAAUAUUUUAGUUAUCUCAACUUGAUCAAGUAACCUUACUUGCUUCGUAGAUGGAUCAACCAAAGCGUCCUGAUUGUGGAUUCCUCGGAGACCGAAUCUCAAGGAACAAACCUUACUACGUAUUGUCAUGAACCCUAGAAACUCAUGUUGCCUUGAUGUUGUUUUACCAACAAUAAAGUCUUUGGAUAAAACAUUCCAUAGUUUGCAAGUAGAUCGUAUUGCUUUUAGAGAUGUUAUUGGAACUUUGGCGAGUAUCUUCUCACCCAACAAAUCAUGUGGAAGAUCGCACAUCAUCGUCAUCAUUUCUGAUCAUUCAUCCGAGUUUCAACAAACGCUAGCUGCAUUUAUAAUGAUUAGAUUAACAUAACAACACUAGAUGCGAAUCAACUUAAUUCAAUUAACAUAUAUAGAUAACAAUGACACAAAUACUCACAAAGGGCUGAACCGAUGACCUGCAGAAAUCGAUGAUGAUACAAGAAAAUAAGGUAUCACGUGUAUGUGUCUAAGCAUAAGACACACGCCGACACACAUCUAACCCUAAUUCAUCGUGGGCUUAAUAAUUUAUAAUGGGUUUACUAAACUGUUAUGGGCAUGAAUAUAUACACUCGCAAGUUUUUUUUUCCUUUUUUUUUGUAAGUUGGAACUCUUUAUUUUGUUGCUAUUUGCCUCUUUACUGCAUUUUUUUUUCUGAAAGAAGAGCUUUAAAUACUGAUCAAUAAUUUAAACAGAAUCUCUCUAUUAUGAAAUUAAUAUUUUGACACAUUUGUAGUUUAUAGUUAAAAUAUAAGUGAUAGGAAUUUUUUUUGAAUAACUCACAAAAAUAUACAUGACGCAAGAGUUUCUAAGGGUAGGCACGAAUCAAAUAUCAUUGUUUUUAGGCAUAUUUGUGACCGAUUCGAUUUGGUCCGUAACUACCCGGAUAUUCACUGUUUGAAUAUCAAUUUUUUUUUAUAUUUUACCCGGAUAUCCGGUUCGAUCAGUAAAAAUAAAAUAAAAAUUUUUAAUAAAAAAAACUCUACAAGAAUAUAAAAUAAGAUUAAUUUAUUACAAAAAAAUUAUUUACUUUUUAAAUUUCAUUAACAAAAAUAAUAAAUUUAAUAAAUAAAAUAUUCUAAAAAUUACAUAAAAUAUAAUAAUUAUAGAAUUUGUAUAUAAUUCUGUAAAUAUAUAUAUAACAUAUAUAUAUGUUUCUAAUUUAUAUAUUUAUUACUAAAUGUUUUACUGCACCAUGCAGAAACAAAAAUUUUAAAAUUUAAAUUAUAUUUAAAAAUAAGAUUAUAAAUUUUAAUUGUCAUUGUA